AUGAUUAGAAGAAUUUUAACAUAUUUAGUUGAACAUCAAAUAGAAUUUCCUUUACGUAUAAUAGGCGCUCUUAUUUUAGCUUAUACUUUAAAGAUACCAAUAGCAGAAAAAACUUUCAUUCUUCAACAUCAAAUUCCAAAGACUUGUUUAUAUGAAAAGGGUAUUGAUGAUAUAUAUUUUGUAGCAUUUUGGGUUUUACUUUUUACAUUAUUAAGGGCUUUAGUAAUGAAAUUUAUACUAAUACCAAUAUCAAUACGAGGCGGAAUCACUAAAAAAAAAAGAAUUAGGUUUGCAGAACAAGGAUGGUCUUUUUUAUAUUAUAUUACAUUUUGGACAUUGGGAAUGUACAUAAUGUAUCAAUAUCCUCAUUGGUUUGAUACAUCGCAUUUUUGGAAAGGUUAUCCACAUGUUAAGAUGUCAUAUAUAUUUAAAUGGUAUUAUUUGGUACAAUUUGCUUUUUGGGUUCAACAAAUAUUUGUUUUAAAUAUCGAAAAAAGAAGAAAAGAUUUUUCAGAAAUGCUUGCACAUCAUAUGAUUACAGUUUUUUUGAUGUUUUCUUCAUAUAUAUUCAAUUUUACAAGAAUUGGAAAUGCUGUAUUAUGUAUUAUGGAUUUUGCUGAUAUUUUAUUACCGCUUGCAAAAAUGUUAAAAUAUUUAAAAUAUAAUAAAAGUUGUGAUACAAUAUUUGGUUUUUUUAUGAUUUCUUGGUUAAUAACUCGUCACUAUUUUUAUGGAUAUGUUAUUUACAGUACAUGGGUUGAAUCUACACAAUAUUUAGAACUUAAAUGGUCACCAGAUGAAGAAUAUUUUUUUAAUAAAAAUACAAAAUCAAUGUUUUUAUUUUUAUUUAUAGCUUUACAAGCAAUAAUUAUAUUUUGGUUUUGUCUAAUUUUCAAUGUUGCACUAAGAGUAAUUUAUGGGAAUAAUGCAGAAGAUGAUAGAAAAAAAUACAAAGACCGUAUUGCAAUUUUACCAGAAUUGGAGGAACCAAAUGACACAACUAGAAAUACGUCAAUAUCAACCAAAGAAGUAUUUAAGAAAUGGUCUUCAAUUGAAUAUAAAAUAUUUCUAUUACACUAUUUUAAACAUGGAAAAGAUCUUUCGAUAAUAUCAAAAAAAAUGAAAAAGAAAGUUUCUGAAGUAGUAGAAUUUUAUUAUUAUGUCAAAUAUAUGCCACACUUUAGAAAAGUAGUAGAGCUCAGAAAAGAGAUGAAACUGUAUGAAGAAGGUUUGGCAAAAUUGGAAAACGACAUCAAAAAUUUCAAUAAAAAAUGGAAAAUAGUCACGAAGAAAAAUGGUAAAAAAAGAAGAGGUUGUAAAAAAUAA